UAAACCCUCUUUUUUCCUUCGUUUAGAUCUUCUUUCGCCCACAAUUGGUUCUUCAUUUGAUUGAUUGAUUUACGUUUGAUUGCUGAAGGCACUGUUUGGAUUUGGAUUUAUACAACAACCAUUUAAUUGUUACUAAUUUGAUAUAAUCGUUUAUUGUUUCAUUGAUUGAGGUUUUUAUAAACAGUUUCUCUAUGUUAGUUUCAAAUUCUUCAUGAUCCACCUGCGUCGAGUUCGCCUUAUGCACUCUUUCUCCGUAGUCUUCCUGUACUGGUUCUAUGUGUUUUCAUGAAUUAGCCCACCUCAAACCCUUGAACCCUCUUUCUGUUUGAUUUAGAAAUUAGAAGUACUAAAUUCAGAAACCCAACAAGAAAAAAGUAGUUACCUCCCCUUUUUUGAAUUCCUAUUUUUGUCGAACAAACUUCCCAUUGAACAAACGACACAAAGACAUGGCUUCAACUCAGCAACCAGCUAGUUCGGGUUCUGAUGGCCAGCGAUAUGCUACUAAUGAUGAGAGAAAACGAAAGAGAAUGGAGUCUAACCGUGAAUCUGCAAGGCGGUCACGAAAGAAGAAGCAGCAGCAUUUGGAGGAGUUGAUGAGCCAAUUGACGCAGCUGCAGAAUCAGAGCACCAUCUGGCGUGAGAAGAUUGAAUCUGUUGGAAGAAACUUUCACACCCUCGAUGCGGAGAACAAUGUCUUGAGGGCUCAAAUGGCUGAACUGACUGAACGCUUGGAUUCGCUGAAUUCCCUCACUCGUUUCUGGGCUGAUGCUAAUGGACUUGCUGUGGACAUCCCUGAAAUUCCUGACACUUUGCUUGAGCCCUGGCAGCUCCCUUACCCAAUUCAACCGAUUACUGCCUCUGCUGAUAUGUUUCAGUUUUGAGCAACCUCUUUGCAUUAUUGGACUACCAUGAUCCUAGCUCUCGGGUUCUUUCUUAACGGGGUGCUCCUUGUAUCCUCUUGGAUUCAAUUUACAUGCAACAGUUGCAGCGGAAGAGAACCUUGUCACUGGUUGCUGAAGUCUUCCGUUAUGCAGUCACUACAUUUUGUGUAUCUGUAAUGUGAGUUAGUAGCUUUUCUUGUGCUCGCUUUGUGUCAGUUUAUGGCCCCAUAGAUUCUCUACUUCAAUGUUUAGCUUUGAUGGAUUAGCAGUUUCUAGUACUUUGUCUAUGAUAUUAGUCUCUAGUUUUAUAAAUAAAAAUCUUAAGUUGUGUGAAUGA